AUGAGGGCGUGUUUGUUUACAUUCUCUUUGCGCCACGCGACCUAUGCGUAAUGACGUAAGAAGCGCGCUACGCUCCGGCUCGCGGAAGAGAUGAAGCGCUUUAGCUUUCAGUGAAGCCGACAGAAAUGAAGCGUUAAACGAGCUUUUCCAGGUAACCAUGGAGACAGGGGCAAACUCAUUCCAUGUGGAGUUCCCAGAUUUUUCCUGCUCGCUCCUGAAGAAAUUAAACCAGCAGCGGCAGAGGGGUCAGCUAUGUGACCUCAUCGUGUCUAUAGGUGGCCAUCAGUUUCGGGCUCAUCGGGCGGUGUUGGCUGCCAGCUCGCCGUACUUCUGCGAUCAGGUCCUGUUGAAGAACAGUGCCCGCGUGGUGCUGCCGGACGUCAUGCAUCCGUGUGUCUUUGAGCAGCUCCUCCUGUCCUGCUAUACGGGAGCGCUUUCUGUGCCGUCUGGAGAGGUCGUGGCCUUCCUCACGGCCGCUAGCUUCCUGCAGAUGUGGCAUGUGGUGGAUAGAUGUACUGAGCUACUCGAGGUGGGGAAUAAAAAAACCAGCGGUGGACGUUUUGAACACAGGUCAUCUCCAAAAGAUGAGGAUUACACCACAGAUAAUGAGGACGAUGGUCAGACUGCGGAUCAAGGAGAGGAUAUAGCUGAAGAUGGGAUUUCAGUUCCGGUGCAAAGCGCAAGCUGCUCUUCUCCGGAUAAUCUGAGCAGCGAGUCGGAUGCUACGGAAAACCAGUGCACAAGACCUGCCUACGUUCCACCGAGCAUUAUGGGACGCAGGAAGAAAGUGCACGUUAAAAUCGAGAGGUCAGGACGAGAGGCCUGCGCUGGGCUGCUUGCCAGCGAGCCCACAGUAAGCGAUUCGGAUCAGAACUGUCCAAACACGGUAGCGGAUUGUUUCGAUGAGAAGUUGGUGAGUCGUCUCGAGGAGUGCCUGGAUAGUAAUUGCUCAUACGAGGAACCCUUGGACUUCUAUGGCACCUCCACAGAGGGCUUUUCACAGAGUGCGGAUGAGAUCUCCAACCCAGCAUCCAAGGAUAAACCGCAGCUAGAUGGUGCCUCAGAUGUUGCUAAAGAUGAGGAGGUCUCUGUUAACGUUGACGGCGGUCUAAAGGAACAGACGUGUCACUCGGGGUUCACCUCUGUGAUGUAUAAGCUCUAUCCGUGUCAAUGCGGCAAGAGUUUUACGCACAAAAGCCAGAGGGACCGUCACAUGAGCAUGCACCUGGGCUUGCGGCCGUUUGGUUGCGCCGUUUGCGGAAAGAGUUUUAAGAUGAAGCAUCAUUUGGUCGGUCACAUGAAGAUCCACACGGGCAUCAAACCCUACGAAUGCAGCAUGUGCUCCAAACGUUUCAUGUGGAGAGACAGCUUUAACCGUCACACCUCCACGUGCGCAAAGGCCCAUCAGACGCGACGGGCAAGACUCGAAUCUGAGUCCCAGAUCUGCUAGUGCUCAGUUGGGAAACCCUGUCAUGAUAAUGUCCAUUACCAGAGCAUCAGACGAGCACUGUAUUCAUGCCACAGAGAAUUUAAAACAAACUUCUUGUUUUUGAAUUGGAGUUCAGAAUUCAAACGAUAUCAGUGCCGCAGGAUUUAUUUAUGCCUUCAUCUGAACUGGCUUCUGUUUUGGCACUUGCAACACAUUCGGUUGUUCAGCUGUAGCGAGUGUUUUAAAUCGGAUUGUUUCUGCCAUAAAGCUUCUAAGCCAUUCUAAUCCAUUCAUGCUCCAAAAGUCAACAGAUUUAUUAGGAUUUCAUUGGCAUUCUUUCUGCAAAUGGUAUUAAAAGUUCUUGUAGUGAUAUUCAUUUUGUCCAUAAAAAUGAUUUAUAUUGUGCCAUAAUUGUAAAAUAGUAAGAAUGUUUAUUUAUAAGCGAGUCUCACAAAAAAUGUCCAAAGAUUUCACCCUAACAAUUGAGCAACAAAAUAGUAUUUUAAUUAAAAAGUAAGAAUGAAGCCCUUUGCAUUAGCAUUGUUUUAUUAAUUAUAUUACAACGAAUCAGAUUUUGCCUCAAUAUUUUCUCAGUAUUGUAAUGUCGAGAUGUUUUAUUUCUUUAUAUAUAUUUAAUAAUACCAUGCAGUGUAAAAACUUUACCAUUUUAAUCAUGUAUUUUUUUUUUCAGUACAGUAAUGUGAAGGGUUUCCUAACUGUUAUACAUUUUUUGUCAUAUAUAUUUGGGUAAAAUUGGACUUUGACAAGCUUCGUGAGAUUUAUAGUAAUCUUUUUUAUAAACACCUGUAAAUAUCAUCCACCAGUGAAGUGAAACUUCAUAAAACAGUGAUUUAUUUUGCAAAGACUGUAAAAGAAAAGCAGCUUGAUGUUUAAUUUGAUCAAUGUUAUGUACAGUAUGUGCCAUGAAUGAAUGGUUGUUUUAAUUGAUCUGUUAUUAUCAUAGUGAUACAAUUAACCACAAACCUCUUUUACAACAUUACCUCAGAUGUUGGUGAAUUUUGUAGUUUUUGGAUAUGUUAAAAAAGGUGCAUAGACCUAGUUUGAGUUUAGUUUAUCCUUAAUUAAACUACAUGCUCAUUUUAUUAUAGAUUCAUAUGAAAUGUAUAUAAAUGAAAGUGCUAUAAGCUACAGCACUCUAAAGUGUGAUUUUUUGCAUCUUUAAUAAUCGCCUCAACAGCUGACAAUCAGGUAGAUAGAUACAGUAUGAAUGAGGUUUUGCCUCAAAAUUUGGUCAGACUUUACCUCACUAAAGGCAUCAAUGCUGUAAUAGAAUUACUAUGAUUUAUUCUUGUUCGAUUAAACAAGAUUAGGGGUGGUUUCCCAGACAGGGAUUAUCUUGAAACAGGACUAGGCGUUAGUUUAAUUAGGAAAUAUAACUAGUUUUACCAAACAUGCCUAACUAAAAACAUAUUACUCGUGUGCAUUUUGAGGCGAAACAAAGGGCACUGAUGUAUUUAAAGAUAUGUCAGUGCAAGUUGUUUUCAGUUUGGACAGCUCUUACAUUUAUUUUAUUCUAAUCCCUGUCUGGGAAACCACCCCUAUGACAUUUAUUAUUAUUUAGGCAUGCUUUUAUUAAUCAAGUUUUAUAAAGUUAUAUAUUCUAGCUUUAAGUUUGUAAUUUGCUUAAAUGUUUUAAUACAGAUUGGUAGUAUAACUGUAUUUAAUUACUGUAACAUUUCAGGUCUGGGAUGGAAAAUCUUUGUGAUUUUUUUUAAUCAGCAGGUGAAGUUUUAGGAUGUGGCUUAAUUCAUCACUACCUCAACUGGACUCAUAAAUCUGUGGAUCAGAAAGCCUUUCUGACUGGACUACACCGUUCCUCACUUACAGUAAAACCCUGUUGUGUUUUCUUCUUAUAGAAGAACUGUGAGAUGUUGUACAAAGAUGUGUUUAGCAAUAAAUGUUUUAUUUGUA